AUUAUAAUCAAUACACUGUCCUUAAAAUAAACCAACUUAUUUUGGUGGUUUCCAAAGUCUCGAGUUUGGCGGAUCUAUCAUAUAUAACUUGACACACUAUGCAUGAUAACCUACUCCAUUACCUCUGCUUCUAACAGAGUCUUGCAAUACAGAGAAAGAGAGAGAAAGCAGAAGACAAAUGGAUUCUACAGAAAGAGGAGGAUCAAAGCCCCACGUUGUGAUCACUCCCUUUCCAAUUCAAAGCCAUUUGAACACCUUCUUGAAUUUGGCCAAACUACUUCAUUCGAGAGGCUUUCACAUAACAUAUGUUCACACUGAGUACAACCAUAAACGCUUGCUUAACUCGAAAGGUCCUCGAGCUCUCGAGGGUCUCCCUGAUUUUCGCUUUGAAACCAUCCCUGAUGGCCUUCCUUAUACUGAAGCAAACACUACCCAACAUUUACCUUCUUUAUGUGAAUCUACCUCAAAGAAUUGCCUCCCCUAUUUUACAAAUCUUCUCAAGAGGCUUCAAGAGUCUGCCUCUGAGGGCCUUGUGCCUCCUGUUACUUCCUUGAUUUCUGAUGUUGUCAUGGCAUUUACUGUUAAAGCUGCUCAAGAAUGGGGACUUCCUAUUGCUUUGUAUUGCCCUAUAAGUGCUAUCUCUUAUUUGGCUAAUUGGCACGGUCGCACUCUUCUUGAUAAGGGUAUCAUUCCCUUGAAAGAUGAGAGUCAACUGACAGAUGGAUACUUGGAUACUAAACUAGAUUGGCUUUCAGGAAUGAAAAAUAUCAGAUUGAGAGAUCUGCAAAGCUAUUUUUAUUCACUAGAGCCAAAUGAUCAUCUAAUGCUAAACUUUUGUAUGAACGAGCUACAAACAGCAAGAGCUGCUCAAGCCAUCAUUUUCAAUACAUUCAGUGAGUUCGAAAGCGAGGCGUUGGAUACUCUUUCUUCUAUCUUUCCUACUAUUUACACCAUAGGCCCUGUCCCUUUGCUUUUAAAUCAAAUUCCACAUAACCAUAACUUAAAUUCCAUUGGCUCCAAUCUUUGGAAAGAAGAGACUCAUUGCAUCCAAUGGCUAGAAUCCAAGAAACCUAAGUCCGUAAUUUAUGUUAAUUUUGGAAGCGUGACGGUUAUGACUCUAGAACAACUACAUGAGUUUUCUUGGGGAUUAGCCAACAGCAAGAAAUACUUCUUGUGGAUAAUAAGGCCUGAUCUUGUGAAGGAAGGCUCAGUGUCUCCCGAGUUUCUGAGUGAGACCAAAGAAAGAGGCCUCAUAGCCAAUUGGUGUGAACAAGAGAAAGUGUUAAAUCAUCCUUCAAUUGGAGGGUUUUUAACGCAUUGUGGAUGGAAUUCCAUAAUAGAGAGUGUAUGUGCAGGGGUUCCAAUGGCUUGUUGGCCUUUUUAUGGAGACCAGCAAACUAACUGCAGGUAUGCUUGCAUGGAGUGGGGAAUUGGGGUUGAGAUUGACAUUAACGUGAAGAGGCAAGUGGUGGAGAGUCUUGUGAACGAGUUGAUGGAAGGAGAGAAAGGGAGUGAAAUGAGACAAAAGGUUCUAGAAUGGCAAAAAAUUUCAAACGAGGCAAUUAAAUUUGGUGGCUCUUCUUACGUCAACUUGGAAAAUUUGAUUAGUCAAGUGUUGAUCAACAGCAAAAACUAAGUUGUUACGUGAAAAUUUUAAUUCUUUUGCGUAUCUCAAUUCAUAGUUUCUUUUUUUUUUGGUUUUCUGCAUAUGCAUUAAAACUCUUCAACAAAAUAUAUUUUUAUAGUGUGGAUUGGAUUUAUCAGAGUCAUAGAGAUAGUAUUAGCCCUGAUGUAACUUUGAAUUUAGUCAUAUUUUCAAUAAAGUUAUGGAAGAACCAACGAAGUUAUGUUGUAAUAUGUUUGAUUGUGUAUUAAUUCCCCCUACAUUAUGAGGAGAGCCAUCUUCACUUGUAAUCAGGUUUUUCCAUUAGUAAUUUUAAUAUUUCUUUCCUUA